AUCGCGGAAGAAGAGAGAGCUGCAUUCAGUGUAUACUCCCUGCACUUUGUAGACAGGCCAGUGUAUCAAGAGCAGUCGAACAAGUACGCGGCCAUGAAUAUCCUAAUUAAAUUGGUAAUCCUACCAGCGAUCGUGUCGAUCGGUGGAAUAAUUUACUUGCAAUCAAGAACAGUGCAAAUACCGGUGUACGAAAAUACGUGGUGGGGCCCAGGAAUUGAAAAUCACAACGUAGAUAAGUCAAUCAAACCGUUUAAAAUAGAUUGGAAUGACAAGGACAUUGAGGACUUGAAGAACCGAUUGAACAGAACGAGAGACCUAGUGCCACAUCUAGAAGGUGCUGGGUGGACUUAUGGUAUGAGUGGUAAUUUUUUGAAAGAAACAAUUCUACCUUAUUGGAUGAAUAAAUACGAUUUCAAAUCUCGUCUCACUCAUAUCAAUAAAUUUCCACUAUUCAGUACGAAUAUCCAAGGUCUGAAUAUCCGUUUUGUGCACGUUAAACCGAAAAAUACAAAUGGAAAAAGAGUUUUGCCCCUGAUUAUCCUCCACGGAUGGCCAGGAUCAAUAACUGAAUUCCAAAAAGUCAUUCCUUUACUGACAACCCCCCGAGACGAUCAGGAUUUUGUCUUCGAAGUGAUCGCCCCAUGUCUCCCAGGUUUUGGUUUUUCGGAUGGUGCGGUCAGACCGGGACUCGGUGCACCACAAAUCGCAGUAGUUCUGAAAAAUCUCAUGUUGAGAUUGGGAUUUGAAAAAUAUUACAUUCACGGAGGUGACUGGGGUGCCAUCAUCACCGCAAUGAUGUCCAGUCUAUUUCCAGCCCAUGUCCUUGGAAUGCACUCGACCAUGUGCAUUGCAACAUCGCCCAAAGUCCUCUUGAAAGUGAUGUUCUACAGUUUCUUUCCAUCUCUCUUGCUAGCUGAGGAAGAUUAUCACUGGUUUUACCCCAUGUCUGAGAGAUUUGGUCAAAUAUUAUACUUCACUGGAUAUCUUCAUCUGCAAGCAACGAGACCUGAUUCACUUGGAGUUGGAAUGGCCGAUUCGCCGGCGGCUCUCGCCAGUUAUGUUUUAGAGAAAUUUUCCGAAGCCACUAAACGCGGUAGCAUUUUCAAAGAUGACGGCGGUUUAUUCGAUAAAUUUACACCCGAGGAACUCAUCGACAAUCUGAUGAUGUACUGGAUACCCAAUAAAAUGACAACAGCAAUGCGAAUUUAUGCCGAGUCAUUCAAUAAAAAGAACAAUGCGUGGGCACAGCAGUGGCCAGUGGAAAUUCCAAGUAGUUGUGCCCAGUUCCCUCACGAAAUCUCGUGGUACCCGCGGGAAUUCCUCCAGGAGAGGUUCCUAAAUUUAGUUCUCGUUACGAGAAUGCCUCGCGGUGGUCACUUUGCCACCCUCGAAGAGCCGGAGCUUGCCGCCAACGAUAUCCACAAGUUCGUCGGCAUUGUCGAGGGCCAGAGGAUGGCGUUCGCUCAGAAAUCCGCGAUGAAAACUGAUUUGUAGAGUUCGAAAGUCUCUCUAAAUCAGUCUCUACGAUUAUCUUUUAAUAAUUUCUUUUUCUCCAGUUAUGGUGUCACUUGAUUGCGGAGAUUAAUAAAGUCAUAGAAUUAAUGACUCCAAUUUUUUUUCAUUAGCAAAUGACGGGCCGAUAGAAUAAUUUCCAAUUCAAGAUAUCGAUCAACGGAAGCUACCGGUAAAUAUUAUCGAUUACAGACUGGAAUUUUGUUUAUUUUGGCUCAUAUGUUGAUAAUAUUGGAUGCGAGAAUAUGAAUCGAUAUAAAAUCCCCGGCUAUUCUAACUGACUGGACUGUAAUUAAAUUCGCUGACUACUCGUCUGACAGAAGUAUCUUUGUAUAAUCAUUAUCUUCGAGUUUCUACACUGACAUUCUCAGUGAACUCUGUCCCCAGUGUUGUACACCAUAAAAUAAUUUCGCAGUAUCUGCAAAACGAGACAUAAUAAAAAACGAUACAAUUUAUUCCAGA